GAAUUUCAAAUCGAUCGAUUAAAGAAAUAAAAACAAAGUGGACAAAUAUGCACCAGACUGCAAAAAAAGAAUUCAGUAGCCACAAACUGUCCCAGAGAAAGACGGGUGGUGGCCCUUGCGCCAAACCACUAUCGGUAGUGAGUGAGAAGAUCGUUGAUCUCUACAAAGACUCGCCUACAUUUAAUGGGUUGUCUGGGUUUGAAACGCAGUCCACUGACGAAAGCAACAUAGAGGUGAUUGACUCCCCCACUACUGUGUCAAUUUUGACGGAAUUGCUGAUUCCAAGUGUUCAAGAAAGUGGAGACCAGGUCACCGAAGAAAUUUGUGAGCAGGCGCAAAACGACGAGAGUCUUACCACUACCGAAGCAACAGAAAAACCUACUUCAAGUACAGUCACAACUGCGACGACUUGUAUGGAGUCAAGCAUGUCAAGAAAUGUAGGAAAUAGUGGUCGGCGUAAGAGGAUUUGA